GAAAAUAUCCUCUAUAUAUUCUUCUAAUUAUCAUAUCACCAAAUCAUUAAUUCUUUCAUUGAUUCAGCUUCUGCAAAUUCCAGUUCUUUUUCUGUCAUUCAAAGCCAAACUGAGCAAAGUUUCAUAUGGAGAAGAAAAUAGAGAUUGUGGAGUAUAGGGAGAGGCUGGACAACACUCUUGCCUCACCUCAUCUGACAAAUUAUCACAUGCUCAAAAACCUUGUUCAGACUCAACUCUUGCAUUCUUCAAAACAACAAGGAGAUAGAGAUAAUUUAGUAGAGACCAAGACAGCAGAGGUAUCUAACUUUCUUGAUAUGUUGAGGAGUGUUUCUGAAUAUAGUGAAGGGUCUAGUACAAGUACACCAUCACGGACUGAUUGGAAAAUAAAACAGGAUAAUGAAGAGUUCCGUGUUAUGUAUCGCGAAGGGCCGGAGGGAACUCCGUUUCAUUCAUUGCUAGCUGAAGGCUAUGUAGAUGGGCCUGUUGAUGUUUGUUUAUGCCUUUCAUGGGAGACACCUCUUUACAACAAAUGGUGGCCUCAUAUUAUUGUUCCAACCUUUAAAAUUACUGCGGCCGAAUGUUUGCAGAAGAUCCAGAUUGGGGAACAAGUAUCACUAGUCAGGAUGAAGCUUUCAUGGCCGCUGUCGACAAGGGAGGCUAUAGUGCACUAUUAUCUGUUUGAGUACUAUCAAGAUGACUUAGUAGUUGUUCUUUUGAAUUCGGUUUCUGACUCAAAAAGCAUCACUGGCUUCAACAGUGAUGUAAUUCCUGAUGCCAAGGAAGCUGUGAGAAUUGAUGUAGUUGGAGGCUUUGCUUUGCAGAAGGUGACACCAGAAAGAAGUUACUUUAGGACAAUAGCAAACCUGGAUAUAAAGCUGGAUUUUGUACCUCCUUCCCUCAUAAACUUCAUUUCGAGGCAGCUCGUCGGCAGUGGUUUCAGACUUUAUCAAAAGGCUGUGGCUUCAAUGAUGAAAAAUGAUGAACUUAGCAAGGUCUUGGAGGAACCAUUGUAUGUUAGAGUUCAUCAAGCUCUUUAUAGCAGCAAUAGUGGACCAAAUACUAUGGAAGGGGAGGAUCUUACCCAAGUUACAAGCUUUCAUUCUGCUGAUGAUCUUAUACAAAGUAAGCACGACGGCGGAGAAGAUAUACGCUGUCCGGAUAGAGCUGAUCAACAUAGAAAUAAUUUCAAUUCCGAUGAGAUUGUAGAGGUAGAUAGCAAAGAGAUUGUAGAAGCAGAUAAUAAAGAGAUAGUACAAAUUGAGGAGGAGGAGGAGGAUAACAAGAAAGAUCAUGGCAACAGGAAUGUAUAUAUCAGUUCAGAAGUAAGACAGGCUCUAGAAACAUUAGAGAAGGCUAUUUCUGUGGUUAGAGAACAUGGUUUUCAAUUUCAUUCCCUCUUGCCCUCUGCUACCUUUGCUAUUGAAAAAGGAGGCACAGUUGAUUCAAAUUCUGCAAAACAAAAUCCAGAAACCGAGGCUAUCCAAGUACCAAACAGCAACAUCCAGGGGGAAACUUCACAAGAAGAACCUGUGAUUAACUCUGAAAUCCCAAACUCAAGGCACACAGGAGCAAAUGCUAUCUUAAAAGAAGUAAACUAUAAUAAAGUAGUUCCAGCUUCACCUUCACCGGAGCAGAAUCUUUCAAGAUCAGUAAUUGAAGCAAGCCACGUUGAUUGGUAUUCUUUCAAAGACAGGGAAAUGCUGAACCAUACAACACUUGAUAACAAGCAAUUAAACACAGCUACAUUCCAAGAUUUGUUGGCUUCAGAUGAUACAAAAAAGCCAAGCAGGAAGAAGAAACAUCGAUAUUGUUGUUUCUUGCAUUAGGGAAUUACUUUAUUUUCUUUUACUUGCUAUGUGUAUUCAUCAUCAUAAGGUAGUGUGUGAAUUCCGCUCGAGACAAAAGAUUACUAGGACUAGUAUUGUCUGUCAUAUAUGUGAUAUGUAAUAUUAAAUUGUUCUUUUUAUGUUGCUUAAUUUAUAUCUAAAAUACAUUUGGAUGCACCCAAUCCAAAUGUUUGGGAGACAGUAAUAUUCGAAGGCCCUGCCAAAAAACUCUGCUUAAUUAAAUGUUGCAC